ACUCAAAGAAGGCUUCUUCUCUUUUUUAUCACUUGCAGCUCAUCCAUUUUUAGAUAUCGCAUAACUUGUUCAGCAUCGUACAUCAUGUCAGCUCAUUUGCAAUUUGGACCGGAAUGGAUGCGUAAAGGAGCUCCUAGUGGUAAAACACCAACCACACCUACUCCUUCCAGUGAAUCUCCAUUUGUCUUUUCUGAAUCUCCUCAAACUGGAGGCAAAUCUUCCACAUCUUCUUCAACAGGAAGGAGAAAUAAUUCAAAAGAGCCUACACCUGCACCUGUUUCAUCAAAUGCUGCACCUUUACCUUCACCCGGUGGCUUUUCGUUUGCAGCUGCUGCUGGUGGUGCUGGCAGUGGCUCAAAUACACAACAGACUUCAGCAUUUCCCUCAAACGGUUCUACUUUCCCUUCAAAUCUAGAUGGAGAUGGUUCUCGCUACUCAAAACGCCUUUUAAGCUUAUACAGUACAGAGCACGGUCCGAAAGGUAUACCAACCGAACCUUCCAGCUCAGCAACUGACCGUGCACCGCCAACUGGACCUGCUUCGUUUGCCGGCUUGAAUAAUCGUAAGAAAGGGUUUUCUGAUCGAGACUCUACAAUCGGAGGCGGUGGCGGUGGUGGUCGUCGAACACAUAGCGUCAAUACAGACGUGGCAAAUGUAUACAAAGAUCGCUCAGAAUCUCAAAGGACGGGAUUGUUUCAAAGAGGAACUGCUUCUUCCAACAAUCUUGGGACAAAUGGGACUAAUCAUCCUAAUCACUCACCACAACACCCUAUUCGAGAUAGGCAUGCAUCUGGAGGUGGGAUUCAAGGCGGUGUGCUAGCAGGAGUUGCACCAAAUUCGUCUCGAAAGACCAGUGGACAGAUGGACGAGCACCAAGAAAGCGAAGUACGCACACCGAAAAGAGAAAGAUUGCCAGGUGAAGGGCCUAUUGGACCACCAACCGAUCGUAAUGGUGGAUUUGUGAAAGGAUUUACCACAGACCGCAGACGAACAACUGGACCAGUGCCUACUCCAACAAAACGAAGUGCACCCUCACCAUCAACCGCUGCAAAUCCAGACCCGGUCAAAGAAUCUAGCGGGCCACAAUCUACCGAUGUGGACUUGAGUCAUCAUGCUACAACUCUUGUAGAAUCCCUCAACUUGGAUGAAGACGAUGAAGAAUUGGUAAAUAGGACAGAGCCUGUCAGUGAACCUGAAUGGUCAGCAGAACAAGCUGAAUGGCUUUAUCGUGAUCCUUCUGGACAAGUUCAAGGUCCGUUCAAGGCAAUUGUCAUGCAAGAAUGGUAUGCUGCCAAAUACUUUAAUGAUGACCUUCUCGUCCGACCUGCAGAAGCUGCUGAGUUCAUUCCGUUGGGCAUCAUGUUACGUUUGAUUGGUGAUAACAGCAAGCCCUUCUUGAUUGCACCGAGCAAUUAUGCCGCCGCCAAAGCAUCCCAACCAGCUCCUGCACCAGCACUAGCACAACCAUCCAAUCAUAUGAACAUGCUUGCGCCUGGUGCUGGUGGUCACAACUGGCCUAUGCAGCAACAACAAUCGCCUUUCCUUGUAAACCCUACUUUGGCAAGUUUGAGUGGUCAGGGAGUUCCAUCUUCACCAUUUGGUACACCAACUUCUCCAUUUCUCGAUCUUAAUGCGAGUAACACGUACCAGCAUCAACAACAACAGCAUCAUCAGCAACAGCAACAUGCAGAAUUUUUGAUGCAUCAACAACGUGCAAUGCAGGAGCAAAGAAAUGCGCAAAUGGCCGCUUUGGCGAUGGCACAAAGGAGCGGUGAUCCUUCUAUGAUGGCGGCAGCAGCUUGGAAUAGUGCACCUCAACCACCGCAACAACAACCAUGGGGACAAUCUCCACAACCACAACACGCAUUUGCAGCAGAAGGCGGAUGGGGAAAUGCCAUUCAACAGCAACAACCACCGCAACCUCUUCAACAGCAACCGACACAACAGGAUCAAUUCAACCUGCAACCUCAAGAAGCACAAAUGCCUUCUGCUCCUUCACAAGCUCUCCCGGAUCCAGUGCAACAAGAUAUUGUGGAGCCAACAUUGCCAGUAAAGACAGAACCACAAGAGACCGUUCCGGCACCUUCUGAACAAGCAGCUGAGCCAGAAGAAAUUGUUGAGAGUGUACAAGAACAGAAAGCGGAAGAAGUUGAGCAAGAGGCUUCACCAGAACAUCUAUGGCCUCAAAGUCCAUCUGCAGUAGAAUUUGCAUCUGAACCAGCGGUGGAAGAGAUGGAACCUUUACCAAUGACAACUGUGAAGGGACGCAAAGCACGUCGAGGCGAAGCACAAAAGCAUUCCCAGGUAGACCCUGCUCCAUUAAAGGAAGAGGAAGAAAAUCGUUCAGCUGCUGCGGGCAAUGUUAAAACGAUGAAUGAAGCAGACUUUAGAAAACAUCAAGCAUCUUUACGUAAAGAGGAAAGAAGCAGUUCGUUCGGCUCUGAUUCGCUUCAAAAGAAUACUGGACAAUCUGCUGCAACGGCUAAAGCAGCUCCAUGGGCUGGUAAUGCUUCUUCUAAUGGCAUGAGCUUGCGUGAAAUUCAAGAAGCGGAAGAAAAGAGAGUGGAAGCACUUCGGGCUCGUCAACAAAGGCCAGUGGCUUCUGUUCGAGCUGAUUCGAGUGGUCCUGCAGCCUCGAUGAAUAAGAUGACAUGGGGCUUAGCAAGUGUACCAUCAUCUGCUUCAAAUGGAGGAAAUGCCAAUGUUUCUUCUCCUACUUCCAGUACUGGACCAGUGUGGAGCUCGUCCGCUGCAAGUAAGACUGGCACUCCAAAGAAGACAUUAACGGAAAUUCAAGAGGAAGAACGUAAAAGGACACAAGCUUCUGCUGCCAAUACUCGUUCAGUAAGUCUUACUGGCUCACAAAUGCCUGCUAGAGGUGGUAGAGGAUAUGCAGAUUUGGCAUCGGUCAAUGCAGCCAAUCAAAACAUCAGCGCCGCUGCUGCUGAUACGGGAAGUGGUUGGGCAGUUGUUGGAGCAGGAGGCGGUAAACCAACUACAGCCACUCAAGUAUCCACACCAACUCGAACAGUUCCAGGAGUAGCAUCAGCUAUUGCAAAAUCACCAAUGGUUCGUACAGCUUCAUCUAAUGCAUCACCUUCCACCGCUAAUGGUCAACAAGUUCAACCGAGCGCAGAAUUUAUGCGUUAUUGCAGAGAACAAUUGAAGGGAUUGCAAAUCAAAGUGGAUGAUUUCAUUGAGAUGUUACUCUCUUUUCCCCUCGAUCCAUCUCCUGAUGUAGUGGAGAUUAUUGCUGAAUCCGUUUAUGCAAACAGUGGAACGCUCGAUGGAAGAAGGUUUGCGGCCGAUUUCGUUGCUAAACGUAAACAAGAUGCUAUUCUUCAACGUCGUAAAGUAGGAAGUGUUGCUGCCACUACUUCUACUAACACGCCUAACAAUGUGUAUGCAAGUACUGCUGCAGGAGGAGCAACAGACUUCUCAGCAAGUUCUGCCUCACCUCUGCGUAAUGCAAGUGACGUCCUAAAACAGCCUGCAAGACCUGCGAAUGCCAACGUUGUGGGAGGAGGUGAUGCUUUUGGCGGGUUCAAGGUUGUAAAACCAAAGGGUGGAAAGAAGCGUGUAUGAUCAGUAAUUUGUGGUGGAAAAUUGUACGAAUUCAUAGCAUAAUUUAGUAUUUAACCUUAAG